CCCCCAUCAGAAGUAAUAGCAGAAGUGAAUAUAUUGGAUGAAAGAGGAGCGAGAAGAUUAUAGCAACCGUGAGAGGAUUUCUACUCAAAGAUUUGUAAAGUCACUUCAAUCCCCUUGAUAUCUCCCCAUUAAUCCACAGACCUGCAGAUUCAUACACUUUAUAGGUUUCUUAGCAAGGUUUUUCUUCUUAGCAGAAUAACAGGUUUUGAUUUAUCACAGUGGGGUUCAUUGACCAAUUUGCAAAGCAGAAUUUUUGAACUUUUAUACUUUAAAAUCGAAUCAUAGAAAUAUUGUAAAGAUAUGUUUCUUGCCGCGGAUUCCCAUCAAGAUUAAAGACGAAUACCGUCUCUGCACUAAUACGUCACAAUUAUACAACGUAAAAGCAUUUGGCUAAAAUCAAAUUGAUUCUAAUUUUUUCUUUUCAUAGAAAUGUUUAAAUUAUGAUUAUAAAUUAAACUAUUUAGGAGUGGCCUGAAGUCAGAACUUUUGUGUUUUGAACCUUGGGAUCAAGCAUUGAUCUCUAUCUCAUAUAGAUCUGUGGAUUAGUUGUAUUUCUCUUCAAUAUCCCGUGAUGGUCAUACCCUGCAAGGAUUGCAUAAAUUGAGGGAUCAAGCAAUGAUUCUCUAAUUUAAAAGUGCCAACAUUGGGUAUCAAGAUCAAUUGUUCAAGAUUAACGAUUAUCCGCUCAAAAGUUCCGGCCACUUGUUAAAGUAGCAAAUGAAGUCUGAAAAUGUCUUUAGUGAAGAAUCUGAAGAAGAGUGGAUUUACGAGUCUGAUAGUGUAACUAAUAUUGAGGAAGAAGAAGAAGAUGAAGCUAGACAAAAUGCGAAUAUUGAUCCGACAUCAGAAGUAACUUACAAUCCACUUCAACAAUUUGAUGAAUAUUUUAACAACGAGGCUGAAGAUGUCUUCAGUGAAGAAUCUAAAGAAGAGUGGAUGGACGAGUCUGAUAGUGUAAUUCAGAUUGAGAAAGAAGAAGAAGAUGAAGCUGAUCUUGAUCAGAUAACAGAUGAAACCUACAGUUCAGCUCAAUGUUUUGAUUAUGAAUUUAACACCAAGGCUUAUAAUCUUGAAAGUUCAAUGGAGUUUAUAGAUCAAACUGGAACGAUGAAAGUAUGUAUGCAAAUCAGAGAAAGUCAACUUCUUGAGAAAAUUUACCAGCUUACUGUUGAAAAUCACAAGUUUACUGUUGAAAAUCACAAGCUUACUGUUGAAAAUCACAAGCUUACUGUUGCAAAUCACAAGCUUACUGUUGCAAAUCACAAGCUUACUGUUGAAAAUAACAAUCUUACUGAUGCAAAUCACAAGCUUACUGUUGCAAAUCACAAGCUUACUGUUGAAAAUAACAAUCUUACUGAUGCAAAUCACAAUCUUACUAAUGCAAAUCACAAUCUUACUGAUGCAAUCAUGCAGCUUUCUGUUGAAAUCAUUUAAAAUCAUUAUGGCUAAACUGGAAGUUAGACUGGGAUAUGCAAUUUUUCCGGCAGCAAAAUUCUUUACAGACGAUCUAGUUAUUUCUAGCACGUGUAAAGACCAGCUCUCGGCUCUAAUUUCAAGUUUCUACGACGGCUUGGACAUAAAGUUUUUAGCAUCCAAAAACUUCAUGAUGACCAAUGCGCAAAUGUUAAUAGGAUGGAUUGUUGAUGACGCAACAAUCGAGGAAGUACUGGAGGCUGAGUAUCUAGGAGUUCAAAACGAGGUUGAUUGGUGCAUCCGAGUUCCGAGUGCGACGUCGCUUGUGUUUUUUUGGAUGGGCGUUGAGCUGCUUCUAGUAAGAAUCCGAAUCAUGAUAAAUCAGGCCAGCUUUAACUGUGCAGUGGUCAUGAAAUUGUGGAAUCCUAUGAUUCUUGAUGGGAUGACAUUAAAGAAGCCGCGGAAAUCUUGGGGGACUCUGAGUGAGAUCUGCACAACAACUAACUUCCAGAGAAAGAAGGAGCGUAUCCUGGCGCACUUUGUUUUCCAGUCAUUGAACAAACAACCAUGGCGUUUGUGCUGCAGCCAGAGUGGUGGGUCUCGUUCCAGGAGGAUCUCAUCAAUUCGGCGGUCAGAAGAAUACUAUGCUGCAUUCGUGGAGACAGAUUUAAAAUCAGAUAACAUAACAUAACAUAACAAUGCUUCGUCUUUCUGCAAAUUAGCGUGCUACCGGAAGCUUCAGAAAGUCUCGUCUUCUGUUUAGCUGUUUAGCUGUGGCCGUAUAAGGCUUCCAAAACUUUAGACUGUUCAGCUGUUCAGCUGUGGCCGUAUAAGGUUUCCAAAACUAAAGAUCUGAUCAGACCAAAGCACACAAGUUUUUGAAACAGACACCCCAAACUGUCAUUUAAAGAGGGUAAGCCUAUACCCCCUUUUCAUUUUUCGCGAACACUCCCUUUAAGCCUUGCUGUGAAGUGUAAGUCUGCUACCAGUAUAAUGUAGGUUUAUCCAUGGCAACCUUUUACGUAGAGAAGCGCAAUGCGCAGACUUCAAGGAUUAGUUUGCUGUCUAAUUGGUUAAUAAUCGGACUCUACCUGUAGGCAGUCUGGGCUGCCCAAGCUGGAGGCUUCUUGCAGAUCUCUUCUCUAAUAAUCUAUAUAAUACUUAAUGCAUAAUGCAAGAAACACUGUAUUAAUGCAUUAUGUUUACUGUUUAUCGUUUACUAAAUAUUAAUCUUCAUGCUAUCUAUUUAGUGCAUGUUCUUAAUUGGUUUUUGUUUGAGGAAAAAAGAUUUUCUGAAAAUUUGUUUCUUUCAAGUAAUGAUUGUCAACCCUGUGACAAUGUCAAGGGAUUUAAACCAUUUUAAUAAUGGUUUAAAAUUAAAACUUAAUGCUAGACAAAAGUUUUUUACACUUAAUAUUUUAUGAAGUAUCUUUAUUUAUGAUAAUUUUGACUAAUUUUAAGAACUAUGGUGAUGGGAAUGCUCUAUACAACAUGUAAACAUAUUUAGAAAAUUAGUAACUUGUAUGUAAAUAUUAAUCAUUUCGUGCUUCUUCAUUUUUUUAUGGAAAAUUGUUUCUGACGAUUUAUAGAUGUCUGUUAUUUGAUAAUGGUUCAAAAUCAAAACUCAAAUACAACUUUAAUCAAUUUUAAAGGCUAGACAAAAACGCUCUGGAUUCAACGAAAAAUUUAAAUUAACUUGCACUUACGAUGAGUUUUAUUAAUAUAAAGCUUUUAAUGUUGAUGGGAAUGUUUUAAAUUGUAUACCUAUUUGAAUACUGUACAGGAAUAUAUAUUUUCAGAAAUUAGGAGUUGGGAUGGAGGGGGAGAAACCCUGAAUUUGGAUUAAUUUGGAUUGUUUGUUUGCAAUCGGGUAGUGAUGUAGGCAUUGGUCUAGCCCUCGCCAUGUUGGUACACAAUAGACUUGGUCAUUUAUCAACUUUUAAUUAAUUUCCGGCCCUUGGCGGUGUUUGGUGCUUGGCGGUGUUUGGUGCUUGGCGGUGUUUGGUGCUUGGCGGUGUUUGGUGCUUGGCGGUGUUUGGUGCUUGGCGGUGUUUGGUGCUUGGCGGUUUUUUUUCAAGAGGGUUCGACCUGGAUUUCUAUAAAAUGAAGGUUAAUUAUUAUAAUCAUUGUACAUGAGAUGGGUGAGGUGAAUGGAAAACAGUUUCCAAGAAAAUAUAUACUCCUGAAUUUUCGUAUCUUUACAUUCAUUAGAUUUUAUUUAUGUCACAUUUUAUAUUAGUUUUAAGCUAUGGUGGAGGGAAUGCAUUUUUCUUGGACUUUAUUUCUUCGGAAUGAAAUUUAAUACAAUUAUUUUAUUAUUAUAACAUUAGUUUUAAGCUAUGGUGGAGGCAAUACCUUUUUCUUUAUUAACGCAAAUAUCUAUUUAGAACUUCCUUUUUUACUUUAAGAACUUAAAAAAAUAUUUAUAGGGUAAAGUGCACACAUUUAUAAUAAUUUUCAGCUUACAUAUUUGUUGACAUAAUACAAAAACCUUUUUUAAACCUUCAAUUUUGGGAUUUCUACAAGGUUUUCUCAAAGAUUGCCAUGUGCGCCAACAUAAUUGUUUUUAAAGUAAUAAACUGUGCGCAUAUACAAUCAAAUAUAUCUAUGGAACCUAAACAAAAUUAUUAAAACAAAAUUUUAGACAACUUCAAUUUGAGACAUUUUUUUUAAUUAAUAAAGGACAUCAAAUGCAAUAUUACAUGUGCGGACUUAUCUCUACUUGCUAUAUUUUUUUAAUUAUUGUUGGAAUUUUAUAUAUUUCUAUUUUUGAUAUUUAACUUUCUACUCAUCUACAUUCACUUGUACAUAAACUGGAUUACAUGCCAGUUUCAUGAUAUAGAAAUAAAUUUUGACAAGGA